AUGCCGAAAAUCGUCGUUGUUGGCGCGGGGAUUAUCGGACUUUCGCAAGCAUGUAUUUUACAGGAAAAAUUUCCCGAUGCUGAGAUUACAAUAGUUGCUGGUGAUGUCUCACCGAAUAUUACAUCGGAUAUCGCAGCUGGCUUCUGGCAUCCAUAUCUUUUAGGAGAUGAUAUACCAAAAGAUACGCUUAAACGCUGGCUUGGCGAGACCUUCGACUACAUUUUACGCUUUGCUCGCUCUCAUCCGACUCACGGUGCGAUGAUCAUUAGUGGAUACGAAUUCAAUCGAAAAGCCUUGGAAAAGCCGGAGUUUGCUGACUUUUUCCUCCAAUUUCGAGAGCUUUCCUCGAAAGAAGUGCUAGAAGCGCGCGGGAAAGAUGCCUAUCCAGUUGAGCAAGCCUGGUUCUACACAACGGUUUUUCUCGAAACGACUCUUCAUUUGAAAUAUCUUUUUAACAAAUAUCUUUCCAACGGUGGCCUUCUCGAGCGGCGUUGGCUUAAAUCGAUCGACGAGCUAGGAGAAAAGUACGAUCUGAUCUUCAACUGUACUGGACUUGGCGCAAACAAGUUGGUCGACGAUUUUGGGGUUUUUCCGACAAGAGGUCAAAUCAUCCGCGUUCGCUGCCCAGAAGUAAAGCAUUUCUUCAUCGACGAAGAGACUUAUUGUUUGCCAAACUCCGAAACAACGGUGCUUGGUGGAACGGCGGAGAAAAAUGAUCACGAUCUCUUGAUUCGGCCAGCCACCGCGAAAUGGAUUCUCGAAGAGAAUAUCAAGAAAAUACCGGCUUUAAAAAAUGCUGAAAUCGUUUCGCAUAAAGUUGGACUCCGACCAACGAGAAGUGCUGUUAGAUUGGAGACUGAGUACCGGACUAUUGGAAAGAAACGGGUGCCAAUCAUUCACAAUUACGGUCACGGCGGAUCGGGAGUGACCCUCUUUUAUGGAUGUGCUCUAGAUGGGGCAAAACUUGCCGCAAAUGUGAUACAAAAGUCGAAAAUU